AGUCAUAUGCGGUCAUAUGAUCACAGACAUUUCAGUUGUGUGGUAGAGAUAAGAACGAUAAAAGGUUGGGCACGUUGAAACGAAGGCUUUAGGAGUAUAGGGUCUGUUUAGUUCAGAUUACAAAACUAAACAAAAAUGAUUGGUUGUAUAUUCAAUAUCGACGGUGGAUAUUUGGAAGGCCUUUGUAGAGGCUUUAAGUGUGGUAUUUUGAAGCAGGCGGACUAUCUAAACCUUGUGCAGUGUGAAACUUUAGAAGAUUUGAAACUCCAUCUUCAGGGUACGGACUAUGGAAGUUUCCUUGCAAAUGAACCAAGUCCGUUACAGGUAUCUGUCAUUGAUGACAAACUUCGUGAGAAGCUUGUAAUUGAAUUCCAGCACAUGCGAAAGCAUGCUGUGGAACCUCUGUCGACAUUUCUGGAUUUUAUUACUUACAGCUACAUGAUAGACAACAUCAUUCUUCUAAUUACUGGAACCCUGCACCACCGACCUAUUUCUGAGCUGAUUCCCAAGUGCCAUCCUUUGGGCAGCUUUGAGCAGAUGGAAGCCAUUCAUGUUGCAGCCACUCCAGCUGAACUGUACAAUGCAGUGCUUGUUGACACACCACUGGCUCCUUUCUUUGUUGACUGCAUUAGUGAGCAAGAUUUGGAUGAGAUGAACAUUGAGAUUAUCCGAAAUACACUGUACAAGGCAUAUCUGGAAGCUUUUUUCAAUUUCUGCAAGGAACUUGGAGGUACCACAGCUGAUGUCAUGUGUGAGAUUCUUGCUUUUGAGGCAGAUCGAAGAGCCAUCAUUAUCACCAUCAACUCAUUUGGUACAGAAUUGACUAAGGAUGAUCGAGCCAAACUUUACCCUCGGUGUGGCAAGUUGCAUCCUGAUGGUUUGGCAGCACUGGCUCGGGCUGAUGACUAUGAGCAAGUGAAAGCAGUAGCAGAAUAUUAUGCUGAAUACAGUGCACUGUUUGAAGGAGCUGGAAAUAACCCAGGUGAAAAGACAUUGGAGGACAAAUUUUUUGAACAUGAGGUUCGCCUGAAUGUUCAUGCUUUCCUGCAGCAAUUCCAUUUUGGUGUGUUCUACUCAUACCUCAAGCUGAAGGAGCAGGAAUGUCGUAACAUUGUCUGGAUCUCAGAGUGUGUCGCUCAGAAGCAUAGAGCCAAGAUUGACAAUUAUAUUCCCAUCUUCUGAGCACAUUUUCAUUCGAAAGGCCAUACCAUAAGACCAGUCCAUCAUGGAAGUGGGCAACUGUAUGAAAUUUGCUUUAAUCAUUCCUUUCAUCCCCAGCAGCAAAUAAGGAUAGGAUAGAUUGAAAUGGUUAUGAGCUGUGAAUGUUACUUGUAUGUGACAGUAGGUGUUGUCCAGUAGUGAGUUAACAUUCCUUUCAGUAUUACUGAAAUUUGGUGCAUGGGAAAAACAUGUAAUUUCAGCAGUUGUAAGGUUUUGGGUCUCGCUUCCCCGUUUCUGUUUCACAGUGCAAGCUCUGGGGAAAGUGAUACACAUUCCAUACAUCAUACAGGCUUCUACACCUCAUUUCCCAAAAACUCCAAAAAGUAAAUGAAAUACAGAUAUGGGAAGGAGUCCUUAACAGAGUGACGACUUCUAGGUAUACCAUGUUUCACCCACAUUUUCUACAUUGUAAUCGUUAGUUUCUCUAGAUAAUAUUUGUGACUGUUCCACAGCUGGCAACAGAGCCAUUUAUUAUUUAGCAUCCCACUAUCUAAUCAUGUCAUCUCCACAAUACUUCAAUUGAAAUGGUAUUUUCUGUCCAUUAUAUCAUCGUUUGCACAAAUGGCACAGUUAACAGCUGGAGAAUGCUCCACUUUUACACAAGUACUUUGGCAGACAAGACAUGCAGUAUACAUAUAAGAUGUGAAGUUCUGAAGUUGGCUCCAAAUCAUUUUAGUUCUUUAUUGCAAAAGUUCUGUAGAAUCGAUUUUUGAACCCUUUAAGAUUGUAUAAUGAAGUGUAAUAUGACUUUAGCAGAUAGACACCAAUUUAUGGAGCAUUGGUAAAGUAUAUUGAACACACAUUUUAUGAAGUCUUAUUUAACAAUCAUUGGCCAUGCAUACACAUUAGUUGUAUGUUUUCCAAUUCUCUUGCACCUGAGUUAAAUCCAGCUGCCAGUCCCACAGUCCCAGGAGAUCAAAAAUCUUCUGUUCCCAGACAACAAAAGGUUUUUUCAUACCCUGUACUUGUUAUGAGCUAUAAUUUCCAUAAUUUAAAACCUUAGAGUGGUGUUAUGAUUGGAUUUUCUGUACUUGUCAAAAUAUGUUGCAUCAUUCCUGCAAAGUCUUUCAGAUGAACAGACGUGUCAGUAUGAACUUUGUUACAGUGUCACUGUGAAAGUUUCAAAUCUUCUAUGUCAGUUUUGCAUUCUUGAUUCCAGACAGCAUUCUAAAAUCUCCUAUGUGAAAUACACAUUAUUCCACUGAAGCAGAUUAAAAUUAUUAACUGUUAAAUCUGAACAAAGAAAAUGAAGUGGUUAAAAGAAGUGUGUAGUGAUACUGUAAAUAACUGCAGAUGUUAGGAAAUAAUCUCGAAUGAUUAACCUAUGCUGUUGGAGCCAUAUGUAAGAAAGCUGUUAGCUGUGAACAUGAAAAUGCAACAAAUGUAUCAGCCAUCGUAUCAAAAAUAACAGUGUUUAUCUGCCAGUUUGUCCAACAGGAAUAUUGUGCACGAUGUUUGGGCCCUUUAGUAAGAACAUGAGCUGGAUCCAGAACCUUACCCUUACAAAUAUGCCAUGAUCUAUAAAAAUUAGUCUGUUUAAAAAAUAAAAUUUAUCUGCAGUUUUAUUAAUUAUAACUGUAACAUAAAUAUUUUAGCAUAUUAACUUUGCAUAUAACCCAGCAAUGUACAUUUUCUUCAGAAGUAUAUAUAUAUAUGUAAGUCUGAGUCCAUUAUGGGACUUCACAUGUAAGUUCAGUGUAACAAUACUGUAUAUACUGUAUGUAAAAAGAAAUAGAGAUAUAGAUUGAACAUCUUGUAUUGAUGUUUGUAGAAUGUCUAUGAUAUAUCAGUAUAAUGUCAACAAGGUGAAUAAGACAUUUUUUAUAUUGGAUGGAUUUUACUGUUAACAGAUUUUCACAUAUCACAUUUGCAAAUUUAGAAUUUUGCCAAUUUUGGGGUUUCAAAAUUUUACAAGGCAACUGUGCCACUUGUUUCAACAAAUUCAUAAAGGUACAUGGUAAGCCCUCUGGGUAAACUCAGUAAUUGUAGUUUUGUUGAAUUAAUUCUUGAAAUUUCCUUUUCUGGCAGAAUGCAGUAGCAUUGUUUCUUGAAAUAUUUUUCAUAAAAGCAUUUAUUUUUACAUACAAUUGAUUAUGGCUAGUAUCACCCAUGUUCACUUCAGCUAGGUAAAAUAUUGCCUUUAACUGUGACUCCUCUGCUUUUUACCGUUGCACUCUUCAUUUAAAUGAAGCCUAAUUGAGGUAGUGAUAAAAUGAAAAUUUACUUAAUCACAAUUUUCCAUAACAGUUUGCUCUUUAUAUUUAAAUGCAGUUUUUAAACAAAACCUUUCACAACUACAGCUGAAUGCCUGUAACUGUACUAGCCUUGACUUUGGAUUCUGGUGACUUUUGUUUGCCAGAGGAUGUCGAACAAGUCAGUAGGCAGUUAUUCUCAAGACAUCUAAGAAAUUGAAGGUUGUGGUUAUAGUUUUCGAUUAUAUAUAUACAUGUACUCUACAUUAAAUUAAUACACGAUGCAGUUUUAUAA